AAGGAACUAUGGAGGGCGAAGGUUGGGAAGAAGCACUCGAUCUCGAUCUCGACGACUCCGACCUCCCUCCUCUCCGCCCUCUCAAACGGCACUACGUAACUCAAGAAACCCCGGUCGCCACCGCUGUUAGUCUCUCCGAACUUCAACCAUUACCAUUUCUGAGGCGCUGUUCGAUCCUAGCGUCUCAAUCUUCCCGAUUCGAGCCGCCGCCUUCGCAGAACUCUUCCUCCCGUCUAAUUCCGGGCCCCGCUGGAACCGUACAAUCGGCCAUGCAACGGAGGAAGGAUCGGCACAACGGCGAGUUGGUUUGCGUGGGGGAAGACCCCAUCCCUACGCAGGAGUACGUUAGGAGGGCUUUGGAGGACGAUGGCGCCGGGGAAGACGACGAUUUCACUCGCGAACCCUGGCUCUGCGCCCUAGAUUUUAUCCGCAGCAGAGGUUUGGUGGAUAAUUAUGGCACGAUUGGAAUCCCUUUGAGCGCUGUCAAGAGCUUUGAUAACGCCGACAGGGUUGCUCAGGUCGUUGCCAUUGUCAAAUCUUGUACCUCAAAUGGGUUUGGCGAUUUCAUGGUGAAUCUAAAGGAUCCCACAGGGUGCAUUGAUGCUAGCAUUCAUCACAGAGUCGUCAGUGAGGUAGAGUCAGGGAAGGACAUAGCUGUUGGAGCUGUGAUCAUAAUAAAGAAGGUUGCAGUUUUCUCCCCUUCGCGCUCUUUGCAUUACCUCAACAUAACACCUAAUAAUUUUGUCAAGAUAUUCUCCAAGGACUACAAAGCACCACUAGUGGAGGAUAAUUGUGCAUUAACCGACGUACAUGUUCCUCUAAUAUCCGACUGCAGCGAUCAAACAUCAACUCCAAAGAGUCAAUCCUUUGUGUCGCAAAGAGAACGAACUGAAGGAAUCAUUAACAGUCUUAAACAAAACCAUAACACGAGCGGGAGGAAACACAGUGGUGAAGAGAUUGAAGGCCUGUCAACCGAGGCUGCAGUCAGCAGCUCCGCCGUCGAUGGAAUUAUCGGACGACCAAAAGUUGUUACACGGAAAGAACAAGUUCCACAGCCAGGAGAUGCUAUGGGAUGUGGAUUGAAAGAAGUAGGUGUUGAAAAAGAUCGUUCAGACAUGGACGAGGCUUACGUCGUGUACGAGAUUCCAGAUCAUGGGAAUGAGAGAAGUGGCAGCAGUAGUAGCCAAGUGGUGAAGCAGACGCAGCAUGCACCUCCACAGUGGACAGACGAGCAACUGGAUGAGCUUUUUGCAUUCGAUUAAGCACUACUCACAGAAGUUCUUCACCGUGCCGCCGCAAAAUUUGUAAACUAUCAUAAAGGAUGGGAUUAUACCGUUAUGCCACGGAUGAACUGACGCUCUCGGUUCGGAAGUUGCUUGUAGCUAACAAGCGAGAGAAUGACGUUGGUGUCGUAAACCUUUAGUUUUAUUAAUUCGAUGAACCACACUACAGCCCAACUUACAUAUUUAUAGAAUAUAAAACC